UAAAACGGGUUCCCAAUCCUAUUGCUUAGCAAGUUAGCAAGUUGAACAAUUUAAAAAAUAUAAAUUAUUAUAUAUAGGAAGCAAAAAUAAAAGAGCGAGUUUUCUGGCGGGUUUCUUUUGUCUCCCAGACAGAACGUCCUGGUGGUGAGCUCUCAUUGGUUACCUUAUCGCUAUGUAAUUAGUUUACUCUUUACUGGUAGCGGCUCUAUUAAUUGUAACUUACAUGUAUAAUCUCAAUUGAAUAUCAAUCAUGCCUAAAAUUAUUUGAAUAAAAACCGUUAAUUAUAAUCUAUUUCUAAUGCUAUUGUAAAUAUAUUUCAUUUCAUUUCAUUGUUCUCUUCGUUUAUAAAAGCUGACCAAAAGUAUUAUCUAAUAUUGUUGAAUUAACGCACGAAGAAUACCUAUAAAACGUCUAUUUACGGAACAGUCAUAUAUACAAAAUAUUUUACAAAUGUAUAAUAAAAUCGUGCUGUAGGAGUGUCAUAAUAUAAAAGAAUAGCUUUUGAUUACAGGCUGCCCCUAUAGACGUUUUAAUAAUAUUGUUUUUUAUAAUAUGCUUAUUUUGUAGCUAUUUAAUCAACAUAUUAUUAUCUUAACUGAUAAAAACAAUGAAAGAAGGGAAUAAUCAAUAUAUACAGACUGAAUUUAUGAAAGAACCUCAAACUCGCGGAUAUCGAUGGCCUAUUAUAGAUUUUCACCGUGGUACAAUAAAAAAAUCACCUAUAUUUGUUUUAUCAACUGUGACAUAUUCACUUGCUCUGAUGUACAAAGGAAAUGAUUUAGUUAUACUAUUUUUAUUUAGAAGAAAUCCUUAUGGUGGAUAUUUGUCUGUUAGAAUACAACUAUUAACUUUCGACGAAACACAUAUUAUAGAUAAGAACAAUAGGGAAAUCGUGUAUUCAAAUAUAAAAGAAAUAGAAGAAGAUAGGUUUGAAGUGAAUUUUCAAGUAACUCAUAUAUAUCCUGUAACAAAAAAACUGUUUAAUAGUGCCGACCCAAAACGAGAAGAAAUAAUGAAAUAUAUAAGUUCAUUAUUUUUUAAUACAGAAUUUUCUGAUGUAAUAAUUGCGUUUAAAGAUUUAAUAUUUCCUGCACAUAAAAUUAUACUUGCGUCACAAAGUACUAUAUUUAAAGACAUUUGUUACACUCGAGAAAAUGAAAUACCGUUAAAAAUUAAUAUAGCUGAUUGUGAGUUAGAAAAGAACAUUUUUGUUAUGAUGUUGCGGUAUAUAUAUAGUAACAAACUUGAAAAUACAAAUUGUACAGAUAUAAUAAAUAAAAUUAUUUCCGCAGCUGCUAUAUAUAAGGUAAACAAUUUGAAGAAAUUAUGUGAAUAUAUUUUAAUCGAACGUAUGAAUAUAGAGACUGUAUUCAAUUCUCUUUUAAUUGCUGAUAAAUUUAAUUUUCCUGAAUUAGAGAAUUAUUGUUUAGAAUUUAUAUCAAAAAAUAAGACAAUUUUUCGUUCGAGGAAAGAAUAUGAAAGUCUAAAACAGAAUUCAAGAAUAGUAAGUAAACUUAUAGAUUUCAUGUUCAAUUGAAAAAAUAUUAUAUUUUAUCGAAAAAAUCUUAAUUUAUUAAACUUA